GGCCAGGGAGAGUUGGUCCCGCCCUUGGACCGCCAGUUUGUGGCUGGCUGUGCUCAGAAGCGAAGCAACCAUCGCGCGAUGUUACUACGUUACUCUUUCCUGUGCUGCUGUCUGGUGGUGUCCUUUGUACGGCCACAGACCACCGCAGAAAUCGCCCUCAAGUGCGCAUCGGCGUCGCCCCUGGCAUGCAUCAUCAAUGGGCUGCAUUUUGAAGACCCCAGCCAAGAUUUGACACUACAGGAUGCCAGUGGUCGGAAGUAUCUUGCCAUCAAGGGAGGGACCAUCAAGGCGUUCCACACGAAGCACUGCGACCGUGCGUUCCGUACGUUCGAAAAGGUGACGAUUGGGCGGACCGGUCUGGAAGAGUUGUGCAUCGCCCGCGAGUUCGUGCAGGUGUUGGCCGAGAACAACAACCUGCACACCAUCCACCCGGACACCAUCGGCGACGACGAUGGACAGGGCUACAAACUUCAGACCCUAAAGUUGUCCCACAAUCGACUCACAAGUGUCGCAAACCUGUGCGCCUUCCACAACCUGCGGGAACUUCACCUGGAGCACAACCUUCUGUCGACCCUGGACAUGGAAUGCUUUGCCAGCAUGACACAGCUGGAACGGCUGCUUCUGGGCGGCAAUCGGAUAAAUCAUGUGAAUUCUCCCGCCUCCCUGGUGCUGCCCGCGUUGAGUGAGCUGGGACUGCAGAACAACACGCUGACCGUGCUGAAGGUGAGCGGCUGGAGCGUGGAGUCGCUGGCCCAGCUCCAGCUAGCCUCCAACAAUCUGACGCGCGUCGAAGGGCUAGAGGCGCUCACGGAGUUGGACGGCGUGUCGCUGGCCUGCAACGAUUGGGAGUGUACCGCGCUCGGGUCCAUGCUGGCCGUGCUGCGGACGAACGAGGUCCGGAUCACGGACGGUGACACAAACUGCGAGGGCAUCGGCGGAUCCAACAUCUGCUGCAAGGUGCAAGAGACCGCCACUGCCGAGGGUGAGCUGGUGGGUGAGCUCAAGAAGUACGACUCGCUCGAGGCCCAGUACUGGGGCAAGAGCAAAGAGCUGGAGAACCGAUGCAAAGAAAUCGAGGACAACUUCAACAAGCGACUUGCCGAGGUCCAGCAGAGCAUCGCGAAGAAACCGGAAUCGGAGUGUAGCGUUACACACGAGGAGAAGUCCAAGACCGAACCGCCGACGGAACCAACGGAGGCGCCGAAGGAACUGAAUCCGUCGAGCGGGAAACCCGUAACUUGCGUAAAGGUAGCGCCCCCAACGCCAGCUCCGACCAAGCCGUACGCUGACUGCACGGAGGACCUGAAAAAGUUGCAGGACGAGCUGCAGAAGAUGCGCGAUCAGUUCGAAGGCAAGCGUGAAGCGAUGGCCGCCACCCAACGGGAACUGACGCUGCUCACGAAGACUGUCCGGCACGAGCUGCGGACCGCCGUCAAGCGCGGUGCGGACAAGUUGCGGGACGUCCAGGCCAGGCUGACGAUGUUUAGGGCACACGUGAACGAAAAGUGUUCCUCAAUAAAGAAGUAGAGUCUGAGCGCCGUCGAUGCAACUGAUA